AGGCAGGGGAGGUGGCUCAAUCAUUCGCGUCGCAUCUUACCAGUGCGGGUGUAUCUCGAGCGUGCUUGCUCGCCAGCCUGGCUUGUCAUUGCCGACCCGUUCUCUUCUCCCGUGCCGUUUUACUUUAACUUGAACUUUGUUUACCCCUGUUUUGGGAUUAUGUUGGUCUUGAGAGAAUCGCGAUCAACGACGAGAGGAGCUCUCGCUUUUGAGUACCCGCGUCCUCAGCGUCCUAUGGAGAAAAGCUACGAGAGCGUUUGCCUCAAAACAAGGGAGUCGCUGAACCGAAGACAAGCCGUGUUUGUGGGCUUGGAUCUUGUGUCAUGUGUAAACGCGGUGUUCGGGUUAUCUUAAUCCUGAUUUGGCACAAACGAUGCUGCUUACAGAGCAAUAGGCUGUGACAAAACCCACAGAAAGUAAUUAUUUCAGUCGACAAGAUAAUAAAAAGGUCGCGCUGUCCGCUUCCAAGGACUCUUCGCUCCUUCUCGCAAGGUAUGCUGGCCUCGAAAAGCGGCGGCGCCGCUUCCUCCCUUCAUCUGCUCACCCUUAGCGCUGCCACCGCUACUAUACUUCUGCUGCACGUCGUCCUGGCUGGUGACCGAGAGAGACGCGUUUGGUACGAGGCCGCGGCAGAAGGCAUCGAGGCCAGAAUUCGAAACAGUCUCGGAGCUAAUGGUCAAACGGCUCGGGGGGUCAUACUCUUUGUGGGGGACGGAAUGGGUCUGAGCACACUUACAGCAGCGCGUAUUCUCUACGGCCAACGACGUGGUAACAGUGGCGAAGAGGCUCAACUUGCGUGGGAUCGUUUCCCUGCUGUCGCUCUCGCGAGGACUUACAACAUAGACGCCCAGAUUGGCGAAUCCUCAGCGUGCGCCACCGCCCUUCUUUGCGGCGUGAAGGCCAACUAUGAGACGGUCGGUGUGGAUUCAUCGAGCGAGUUUGAAAAUUGCCGAUCGAGCGUCGAUGCUCGGGUUCCAUCGAUUAUUCAGUGGGCUCACCAACGGGGUAAAUCGACGGGACUGGUGACAACGACGAGAGUGACUCACGCCACUCCCGCGGCCUUAUACGCUCACGCCCCGAGUCGUUACUGGGAAGACGACGCGAAAGUGCCACCAAGCGCUCGACCACUUUGCAAAGACAUUGCUCUUCAGUUGUUGGAGGAGGAACCCGGACGCGGAAUUAACGUGAUACUCGGCGGAGGCAGACGAAGUUUUGUGCCUACGGUGACGACCGAUCCCGAGGAGCCAGAAAAAGAGGGACGGCGACUCGACGGGAGAAAUUUGAUCGACGAAUGGAUUCGAAAUCGUCGAGGACUCGCCGCGCGAUACGUCGCGAACAAGGCUGACCUUGAAAAUGUUGAUCCACAAACGACGGAUCAUCUUCUCGGUUUGUUUGCCUACUCUCACAUGGAUUUUCACGUCGAUCGAAAUAUCAACGAGAGCGGUGAUCCUUCGCUGGCUGAAAUGUCCAUAAAAGCUUUACGCAUAGUGGCCAAAAACCCGCGGGGUUAUUUUCUCUUUGUCGAAGGCGGUAGAAUCGAUCACGCACAUCACUACAACAACGCUUACAGAGCUCUGGACGAAACCCUCGCGUUCGAGGAAGCGGUACAAGCUGUUGUAAGAGAAGUCGACAUUUCAGAGACACUGAUUGUCGUCACGGCUGAUCACUCUCACGUUAUGACUCUCGGCGGUCUCGGUACUCGUCGCGGCAAUCCAAUCUUCGGAUCGGAUACUAAGACCUCGGAUCUCGAUGGGAAACCUUACACAACUCUGUUAUACGGAAAUGGGCCUGGGUACUCGGAAACACGUAAGGACAUCAGACGGAAUAGCAGAGACGAUCAAAACGCGAUACAGACAGCGGGCGUUCCACGAGCAUGGGCGACUCACGGUGGUGAGGAUGUCCCAGUAUUUGCGAUAGGCCCGCUUUCGACAGUUCUUUUUUCCGGCAGUUUCGAUCAGAGUUACAUACCCCAUGCGAUAUCGUACGUUGCUUGUCUUCAAUCUCGCCACGCUGAUCGUUGUAUCAACAUUCAGGCUAAAAGAACAAUCGACUCGAGCGUUUCGAAUUCCUCUUCGGCCGUUUUUGGUCUUCGUGGUCGAAGUGCGGACUGCGGACCCUCCGUCGAGCCAAACAGUGCGGCUAUAUCGAGCGGGAUGGUUGUUACCGAUCGAGUGAGAUACACGGCCACAGUUAAAACUGCGAGGGCAACGGUACCAACCCUCAGUCUUACUGCGUCCCUAGUGGCUGGUGAUUCUUCGAAGCUGCUAGUCGGUUACGCUAUUAUUCUCUCGCUGUUUUUUUAAUGCACAUUUUUUUCUGAUCGACUGUGGGGUUAUGAUUUUGUUUUUUAAUGAACUAUUUGUAUAUAAUAUACAUGUAGCCCGUGCACGAGCAUGGGCGUAACCCAGCAAUUGUUAUAUAUCUCCGUUCUCAUCGUGUUCCGAAAUCAUUUAUGUGAACUGCACUAUAGUGAUUCGAUAUACGUAAAUAUAACAUAAAAAAUGUAUAUAGAACAUGUUUGAAUGUAUAAAAUCGAUUCUCGGUUGGUAAUUUCAAAA